CGGACGCAAAUUAAGAACUAGGAAACCUACAAUAAUCAGUAUUUUCGUUGGGCGUGGAAAUCUCCUUGCUGGGAACUCCAUCAACCAGAACAUGGCGCCAUACUGCCCCCCUCUUUUCUUUCUCACAGGAUCAGAUUAUGCACUAAAAUACUAAAUGUAGUGCGUAAUAAAGGUAAAACAGAAUGCACUUUCUGUUUACAAACGCCUUUCUAUGUCGAACUUUAUUUACUCCCUAUUCCUCAGUAGUCUAUUCAUAUCAUGAUUCAUCCAGUCCAUCCAUUGCGGCCGAAUAAAUUAAAUUUGGAAUGUUAUAUAUUAUGGAUGUUAUUUAUUUGCACACAAAACAUAUCAUAAUAUUGUGAAGGAGAAUAGAUCUGCAUCUAUUUAUGUGUAUAUAAAUUAUUGAAGUGUCAGGAGUAUAUAUAGUAAUCAGUUAUUAAGAUGCCAUUGAUCACAAGCAGAGAUAACAAGCACAGCUGCGCCUGCGCUCCUGUGAAACGUCAAAUUGCGAUCAACCGCAGUCAAACAGUCAGGACAAAGACAGAUGUUAUGAUAUUUGUGGAAGAAGAAAGGCGUCCGAUUACAAAAUACUUAGGGCGAUUGUCUGAUCUUCUGUACGAACAUCUUUAGCUUUGGAACGUAUCGAGAAAUCUGUGAACUGGAAGAAGCUUUUAAAAUGAGUAAAUUAGUGAUAUUGCUUUUGUUCAUGUUGAUAUCCUACGCAGGUAUGGUUAAUUAUGAGUAUGUUUUAAUAACAAAUCAUGUUGCUUUUUGCCGCCAAUGUCUGUCGUGACAAACAAACCUCAAAAUGAUCAGUAAAUUCACUCUCGAUUUGUACAGGCAUACUAUCUAUGAUCAGAAUAUGUUAUCGAUAUUGAUUAAUCAAAAUCUCCAGUGCCUUGAUCUUUUAUUCGCAAAACAAUACGAAUUUAUACGAAAUCACGACAAGAAAUAUUUCUGUGCAUACCUGGAGAGUUCGAGACAUAAGUCAGAGAAGGGCGGCAACUGUUUAUAUACUUAUUCAUGUCUUAAAAAUAGUAGAUUACCUGAUUUUUACCAAAGUAUUGUUUAAUAUAUUUCGUUGCUAGACGCUAUAUCACGGAAGCUGUGCAAUUUAAUAUACAAUGUCUUGAAACUCUCACGCUAUAUUAUUAUAUAUAUAUAAAUAAAACCGUCCAAAUUCUGGUUCGUGCUUUGCCUGUUUAGUCCGUUUUUGUUAGGGAUUCUUUCUUUAUAGGGUUGCAAUAUUAUCUCCUUGUUAUAAAUUGUUAUUGCUCACAGUUUAAUGUCGCGUGUGUAUCUGUCUUAGUUUAUUACUUUAUUGUUCGUUGAAUAUUAAAUAUUCAAACUUGAGCUAAAGUGCAAUUUUAUACAUUUUUUAUAUGCUCUCAGCAUGAUGCCAUACGGUGAAUAUUUUAGAGUCAUUUAUAUUGAAAACAAUUUUGUGCUUUAUUUAAAGUAACCGCGCUCAAACAGUUGCUUUUAGUGCAUUUACAAGUUUAUAGUCACAACGAAAGGAAACAGUUUAAUCAAUUUAUUAAAUUUAAGAUAAUAUCGGGUUAGUGUACUCCACAUGGCUUAUGGAGUUUCGUUUAUACUAAAGUGAAACGGCGCUCAAAGACAUAACUUGAAGUAAUUACACAUAAUUAGUUUCAUAUCAACAAUGUUUUGUCUCAACAAGUUCUAAAUAGUAUCCUGUACGUCGUUUGUUUAGUACAUGAAUGAUGAAGCGACAGUAGGAUUUCAUUUCGUCAAGCAGUACAACUAGCUCAUAGUCAGGGUCAUGGCAAUUCUGUUAGGCAUAAUACAGUACGUUGUGAUUCCUUUUAUAUAUUAAUUUUCAUCGUGCAGUUGAAGUUGACAUGAACAUUUGUACCAUGGUGACAUUUUCCCCAGGGGGGCAUUCCAACUACCGAUGUACUAAUUUGGGUAUUAAUUAAUUUAUGUUAGCAGUAUGUCUAGUGGAAUCACUAGAAUUCUGGCUUGAAAAUGUUGUGAUUUUACACAGAAUGAUUUUCAAUGCAACAGGCCACCAAACCAGUAAACAUUUGUAAUUAAUUGUUGUACUGAACAUUUAUUAAAUUAUGAUUGAGGGAGGGGUCAUUCACUGCCAUAAUAAAACACAUAUAUGGCCACAUAAAAUAAAUUCCUUGAUUCUCAUCACUACACUUUGAAAAUGUCGAAGAGGUGGGAGUUUUAUAUUUUAUAUUUAUAUAAUUUAUAUAUCAAUAAAUAAAAAAAUAAUUCCGAGCAUUUAAUAUUUCUGUUAUUUUCCGAAGUCAAGUGUCACAAACCGAAAUAUCUUACAUUAUACAUUUCUGUAAUUUCCAACGUAUCUCCACGAACAAUGACUGAACCCUUGAAAGGAAUGUGAAGUUUCUUUAAAAUGCAAUGAAAUUUCUUUCAAGAUUCUGUUUGUUUGAAAUUGGCAGUUUAAAAUGGCACUAAAAACCCAAUACAAAAUAUAAAAAACUUAACUGUCUUGAAUUAUUUUGUCAGGUGGUACAUUUAUAUUGUAUAACGAAAUAUAAAAAAAUUUCACAAGGCUCUUAAAAUACAGUUGGGCGGUGUUGCGAAUCAAGGAAUUUAUUUUAUGUGGCCUAUUAUGCAAUUAUAAGAAGCAUUUCAUUAUGACGCAUUACAUUUUGUUAUUCUAUCUCAUACGUGUUACAUAUAUGCCUGCCAAUUUCGGUACACUGUAUUACGCAAUUGAAUCCGGCAUUUUGUUCUGACAUUACGUAUUUCGAUAUUCAAUUUUGUAUUUCAUUAUGCUGACGUAACCUUGAUGCUCAGUGAACAAAUUUUGGUUGCCAACCGGGCAACACUGGAACGAGACUGUAGAAAACAAAAUGGAGGACCCUGAAGAAGACAUUAGAGCUGUUGUGAAAAACCUUGUUAGGCACUGUAUUCUUAGUAUCUUUCACCAACUGGAGUUACAUGGUGUUGAGAAUGGCCAUCUUGAGAAUGCCCAGUAUAGGUUAGAAUGGCUAUUGUGUUUGGUUACAAGGUAUCAUGGAAGCAAUUAUAUCGAGUGCGGUGUAGUCAACCUCAUUUCGGAAGCAUUGGGUUGCUUAACAUAUUCAUGCGAAAUAGUAAAUUGUACCUAGAACUGAAGGAAUUUUUACUGAAAAAUUUAAAAUCAGCUUAUGCAUGAAUAGUUCGCGUACCGUAGAGUGUUGACUACAGGAGUUUGGUUUAUCAGUCAGGGCAACCUAUGCAGAUAUAUCUGAGGAACACUUAGAUUCGACGGUUAAUCAAAUAUUAGCAACUUUUCCCAACACCGGUUAUAAAAGAAUGUCUGGUUACAUGCGGACUCGUGGUAUAAGAAUACAACAAAGAUGAAUUAGAGAAUCCAUGCGGCAGGUGGAUCCACAGGGCACUCUUUUACGAGCACUAGAAAUUAAUGUGAUACAUUGGUGGGUGUAUUCAGUUCCUUUGCCAUUGGCUUUGUGGCAUAUUGAUCAUGGCCAGAUUUUGUGAGGAGGUGCGCACCUCCCCUGCGAUCAUUUUGUACCUCCCCUGGGAAUUUUUUCACCUCCCCUGAAAAGUCAUGCACCUCCCCUUGGGAAAGUUUCAAUAAUAGAUCCAAGUGAAAAUUUGUCAUUUGUUGGUUGCUUACACUUUGUAAGAAAGUUUUUCUGUAAAAUUGAUAGUCUCUGUGUCAAGUAUACCCCUUUAACGUGAUGUUUUGAAACAAAAUAAUUGUGAUGAAGGGCAAAAGUGGAUGUUGCACAGUCAUAAUUCAUUAAUACACUGAUACAUAUGGCUACAUGCAUAUGUCAUGUCGUUGACUUUGGCCCAUUCUAAGCCCUAACUUUCCAUGGGGGUCAUGCCACUGACCUCCCCUAAAAUUUUUUCCACCUCCCCCACUAUUUCCACCUAUUUUGAUGGCAACCAUAAGUUAACCAGGUAAGAAUUUUAUUAAAUACUUUACAUUUUAUAUUGUAUCAACUCUACUAUAAAGGUAUACCAAUUGUCAAAGUUCAUGUUUUCUUGCAUCUGAUAUCACAUGAAAUUUGACUUUUUGGUGUCAUUUAGUGGAAACAUUAUUCAUUAAUUAACAUCAGCAAUUUAACCCAUUAACUAAAAUUGUUUGGGCUCAUUGCCAGCAGGGUUGUUGUAACUGGGGUGUGUGCACCCUCCCCCUGAAAACAAAUGACGGCAAAUGAAAGACUUAUUUGCAAACAAAUCCUUCAUUUUAUACUCCCUCUGCUUACACCAUCUCACUAUGGCCCUGAUUGCCAGCUCGAUUGGUUAAACAUACAUAUUUCCUUUUUGUAUUUUCAACACUAACUUGGCAAUAUUUCCUAUGAACUUCAAAUCAUAGCCACUAACUUGACUCAAAAUCAAGUGGUCAAAUCAAGCAUGCAUUAUCUCAAACUUGCAAAAUACUCCCCAUGGAUAACUUAACUUUGGUGGUAAUUUUACACAUGGAGAUUUGUAAUUCAUGGAGGCAUACUGUAGAUGGUUAUUCCCGUAUGAUUGUCUUCCUGGUAAUUGUUUUUGUUUGUGGAAACACCACGUAAAUUUAUUACUGCAAAGCUUUCGAUCCGUAAGCCCGGAUCUUCAUCAGUGCUAAUAAUAUCACAGAGUAGAGACAUACAGAGACGUAACUAGUGUACCCACUUUUUUUGUGCGCAUGCUCGGCAAGUUACUAGAUGCAUGCAUCUGAUUGGAUGACGACCUGAUGACGACUCACUUUAAACUUGCUGAGCACGCGCAGUUGAUCAUUUUUCGCCCGGUCGCCUGAAAAAAAGUGGGUACAUGAUAACGUAAUCUUCCGCAGUGUUUACAACGGUCAGUUACGUCUCUGUAUGUCUUAUCUACUCUGUGAUAAUAUGUGACUUGUUUAAUUCACACGCUCUUUUUAUAUACAAGAGUGUCGUGAUCUGUUGGCUCCCGUCAUUUGAAAUUUAAUUAAACGGCACAUCAACCACGUCAUUUCAAACGUAGUGAAGUGAUUCCAAUUAACGCGCGCGCAUCCAAGACAAGAGAAAUUAAUUUUGCACAUUAAAGAGAGCACGCCACGUAUUAUCUAGUGGCUUUCCCUCCUGAUCUAUAGUAUUGUGCUUCUCGAUUUCAAUUGACUCUCUCAUUUUGCGAGAGAACUUAAUUAUGACUAUCAAUCGCCAAAAUUGUUGCUUCGUCCCAUUUUAUACGAUGGUCGUAAGUCCAAUUAUGUUUAGCCACAGCAGAUUUAUCUUGCUCGGCUUUCUCGCAAUUCGUCUUGUGUUCCUUAAGACGUACUGAGAGAUUUCGACCAGUUUCACCAAUGUAAACCAGACCACAUUCACAAGGAAUGCGGUACACACCAGGUUUCUGAGAUUCAUACUCUUGACACUAUUGAUACUAUACACUAUUCAUACUCUUAUUCAUAUUGACACUCUUGUAUAUAAAAAGAGCGUGUGAAUUAAACAAGUCACAUAUUAUUAGCACUGAUGAAGAUCCGGGCUUACGGAUCGAAAGCUUUGCAGUAAUAAAUUUACGUGGUGUUUCCACAAACAAAAACAAUUAUAUUUUAUCGCCAUGCAAUCAAAGAAUUUAUUCAUGCUGUUGAAGAAUUUGGCCUGCCCUCAAGAAUUCGCUCGGAUAAUGGUGGUGAAAACGUUGAUGUGGCAUGGUACAUGCUCACCCAUCCAGACCGAGGCAGUCACAUCACUGGGCGAAGUGUAUAUAACCAGCGAAUGGAGAGAUUGUGGAGAGACGUAUUUGCUGGCUGCACAUACCUCUUCUUUUACCUGUUCCAUUUCGUGGAGGAAUGUGGUUUAUUAGAUGCAUGAAAUGAGUACCAGCUUGCAGCUCUCCAUUAUGUAUUUCAACCCAGAAUUAAUAGUUGCCUGGAUGUAUUUAAAUCUGGUCAUAACACAUGGCCCAUCAGUACCGAGAGUGACAUGAGUCCGGAGCAACUGUGGAUCAGUGGGAUGAUGAGAAACCAGAAUCCAAAUGGGACAAUUGCAAGGGAGUUCGCUGAAGGGGUAAGUGCAGUGUUUGUCACUACAUUAGUCAAUUCUGUAUUGUAUGUUACAAUACCGCAUAGAAGGAAAAAACACAACACAUAUUAGGUAAUACGUUUGUUUCUUUUUGUGGAUGCUGUUCAUUUGAUAAUUUGAAAAAUUAAUUAUGUCAAGUCUAUCACUGGAAGUACAGUUUGUUUAUUUUUGAGCACACUAUAUAUAUUUAUUAUAUUAUAUUGUGUGAUGUACAGUACUUAAUAAGCAAGUCAAUAUCUAACAUUGUUCUGGUUCACUAAUUUGUAAGCUGUUGAAACAAUGCAAAACUUGGAGAGGGCCCUCAUAUAACACAUGUGCAGAACAGACAAGACCACCUCUUUAAAAGAACCUGGGAUUGAAUAACAUAUUUUACACUUACAGUCAUUAUAUGCAAACAAGUAAAAUUGUUGAUUAAAAGUAUCGUCUGUCCAUAUUAUGGUAACUAAAAGAAGAGAACGACUGAUCACAAUUAUCUCCAACCAUUUGUUUCAGAUAAAUUUAGAGAACUAUGGUACAGUAUUGACUGGGAUGGCCCAGUUGUGCAAGACGUUGAUGAUGAGAACCACGUGGAGGUUCAUGAAACUAAUUGCCCCCUUGAUAUGGAACAAUUUCAAGAACUUAGAGAAAGUGUAAAUCCACUUUGCCAAUUUGAAGAAACUACAAAGAAAGCAAACAAACGCUUAUUUUACCUACGGGAGUGUCGUCGAGCAAAUCUACCAACCAAAGUGGGUUUAACAUGCUAUGAAACCAAAUUAAGACCGUUUCUGGAAUACGCGGCCCCGAAGAACACCAAAAACUCUUCCACAAUUCUUCUCGUAAACCAAAAGGCAUGAACUAUCGUUUAUUUCCAGAACAAACUCGCUAUUAUAGACAAUAUUUUUAUAGCUAUUCCUAAAAUUUUUAUCUGUACAUAUAACUCCUAGAUUACUAUUUUUACAUGCACCAAAGAUGGAUAAAUCAACUAUUACUGUUAUUACCUUAGGGUAGAUUGCUACUUAGAAGUUCUUCAGUUCAUUUUGAAUAACUCCAAUCACCAAUGAAUCAGAGCUUUACAGAGUCCAGGGCUGCAAAAUAUUGCGGAUCAUGGGACCAUUGGUCCAGAAACGUUUUGAGAUCAAGACCUAAAUGAUGUCUAGAAUUUGUCUAGAAUACGCUGAAUUUUAUUUAGUUGCGAUAAAAUUUUAAAUCUUCCUUGUACAGUAGCAACUGAUUGUACAUUUACUAGGACUGAAUGCAGAAAUAGAACACUAUAAUUGUAACCUACCAUUAAAAGUCUAAUGGUUUACCCCUUAGUGGCUUUCAACAUUACAAAACAUUUUUUAAUCAAUAAUCUUAAAUGAAACAUGAACUUAAACCGAACAGUGAAGUUUCAAACCAAACUUAAGGCUGCACCUUAAGCAAAGCAAAAACCUUUGCAUGCAGCCAUACUUUAGAGCCACAUCCAUCUUCUUUUUGAGUUGUUCAAACCCACUGUGAACAAUGGGUAUAAGACAAUGUUGGAAAAACAACUCUCUGCCAUGGGUAAAUCCAGAAGAUCCACCUCACUAGAUGUGUUUUAAAACAUCACAUUAAGCCUUUCGGACCGGGCUGAUAGAAGGUCAACCCCAGUCCGCCAAAAACAGCGCAAAUCACUUAAGCAAGGACCAUCUGAAAUUAACAAUAGACCGUCAUUGUACGAACUAAAAACAUAUUAUGAAGGUUUUAGAUAUUUCCUGAAUUCCUUCUUGUCUAUACUGGGCUUCAAGUCUCCUAAUUUUUAAUCUGUAGGGUCUGUUUUUAUGGAAGCCGGGCUGGCCCGCUGAGCGAGACAGCCCGGUAAGCGAGAUCUCGCUGCGUAGUUAUUUUCAUAGUAAAAAUGAUCGUGCGUUUAUAUGGACAAGCGGGCUGGCCCGGUUGCCGAGAUCUCGCUUGAAAGAGGCGAGAUAUCGCUUACCGGAAUGGAAAUUUCUCCAUAUAAACACUCACAAGCGGGCUAGCCCGGUUGCCGGAAAGAAAGUUCAAAGAUAUCGCCGCAAGCUAUUUUUAACAACUGUCAAAACAACAAAAUUCUCCCGGCAAGCAGGAUGAAAUUUUCUCGUAUAAACACAAGAGAAAUUCAUCCCACUUACCGGGCCGUUUCGCUGAGCGGGCCAACCUGGCUUCCAUACAAACAGGCCCUAAUGUGACUAUUGUGAGUAUGUUACUCUAGCCCUAUAUUAUUGUCUGUACGCGGAUGUUUGGCCGACAGGCACUUGACCGACAGACGUUCGACCGACAGGACAUUUGUUCGACAAGACAUCAGGCUGACAGGUAAAUUUUCUUUGAUGGACCGACGGCGAAUCCAGCAUAGAUUUGCUACAAUAAUAGUUCGUUAUUGGCUUGCUCUUUCCUGAUCUUGGCCACAAGUAAGUCAUUCUCAACACGGUCGUGUACAUUCCAUAGAUCGAUUUCGAAAAGAGGUCGGUGUCGACGUCCUCUCUGGACUAUUCCGAUCCAGGUCGUCUCAAAAUACACUUGAAAAUCCACGAGUCGAUUAAGGGCCUGUUUGUUCAUAUGGGCAAAAGUUAUCCCGGUUAGCGAGAAAACGUUUCGACAAGUUUACAAGCGAGAUCUCGCCUUGGUAUGAAAAUAAUAUGAAAAGUUACACUGCGUUCAUAUGAGACAAAAAGUUUUCCCGUGUACCGAGAUCUCGCUUGUUGACAGGCGAGAUCUCGGUGACCGGGAUGUUUUUCCCAUAUGAACACAACUUUCCCGCUUAGCGGGAUAACUUUCUGUCGUGUCAGCAACUUUUCAAUUCAAUUGAUGUUCAGUGCCACGUCACAGCCGAAAACUUUACCCGGUAAGCGGGAUAAAGUUUCUCCAUAUGAAUAUAACUUUUGCCCAUAUGAACAGGCCCUAAUUUGACUAAUGGUCUGAUUAAUCCAAUUAGUCAUCCAAUUAGUCAUUACCCGUGAGCAUUUAUUUUAGAAAAUAAACUUGAAAUAAAAAAUCGUUUCGGUGAAUUAUCCUGUCGGCCUAAUGCCUUGUCGGCCAAAUGUCCUGUCGGCUAAAUGUCUGUCGGUGAAAGGUCCUGUCGGUCAAACGUCUGUCGGUCUAGUGUCUGUCGGCCAAACGUCCGGUCAUACGAUUAUUGUCAAUGGACAAAGCAACGGGGCAAGAAAAGUGAACCCAUUAGCUGGCCAUGCACCCAGUGACCCAAAUGGGCCCUUUUCUAUUUUCUUGGGUGCAUGCCCCCAAAUCCCCCAGGGUGCCGAGAACUUACUUCAUCUCAGCACCAGCCCUCCCAAGUCGUAAAAUUGCUGUGGUCCAUGGAUUGAGAAGGGAUUGCAAUAACACCAGAAAGCUGCAGAUUUACUUGCAUUUUUAAUUAAGGUAGAUGAAUCCCUCUCCAUUCGCAGCUUUCUGAUACACAUACAGUCUGAAGACUGAAGUCACUCAGAAAUGUUAAGGUUGCUAUGAAUAGUGAUGAUUAUUUUUAAUGUUGCAAUCUUAAUAUUUUGAGACUAAAAAUGCAAACAUGUGGUUUGCCUUUAGCAAACGCCGAAAACGUCCCGCGCCGUAAACCCGCAGUUUUCUCACAAAAUGCUAUUUUAUCUUCGCCAAUUUCACAACAAAUCUUUUCGUUGUUCAACGCCACACGAUUAUAUCACUAAAAACGACCAAUUUCUAUUAACCAGUCUUCCUUUUAACAAAAGACCGGUUUUGCCCGAAUUAUUUUGAGUUAUGUAAUCUUAUGCAUGUUGCACGUAAACAACAUAUCUUGUCUACAACUUUGAGAAGGUACAGAUAACGCCUUCUAAAAUCCUCAGUUCUAGCGAUAUCUCUGUAAAAUCACAAGGACGUUAAUGCUAAGUCUUUUGGCAAAUUUUACAAAGCGAUAUCGGUACCUUCCCAAAGUUGUAGACAAGAUAUGUUGUUUACGUCCAACACGCUUAAAAUUACAUAACUCAAAAUAAUUCGAGCAAAACCGGUCUUUUGUUUAAUGUACUGUAGAGACUGGUUCACAGGAAUUAGUCAUUUUGAGUUAUGCAAUCGUGUGUCUUCAUCCAUCCGUGUCGUUGAACAAUGAAAACAUUUGUUGUGAAAUUAGCGAAGAUAAAAUAGCAGUUUGUGAGAAAACUGCGGGUCUACGGUGCGGGAAGUUUUCGGAUUUGAACUCAGCGUGUUCGAAAGUGUUAGUUCCCAUAAAAAUAUUUCAGUUCCAAGACAUGCUUAAUGAAAAUCAUUUUCUAGGCACUUUUCGAGGUCACAGCAAACGGCCUAAUUCUGGUUUGAUAUUUGCAAUCAGGGCGAAUAACAACUUUUGGGCAUACGGCAGCAUUCCCCCUUGCGACGGUAACUUCUAGUACUAGAUUAUUUUACUCGUCAGUGGUAAGGUACUCCCAGUUAAUGGAUUAAUGUUAUGCUAUUUUACUCACACAAUAUUUCUUGCAGUUACAGUAAGUAGCUGGCAUACUGUAGUAAACAGAACUACGUAUAUUUGCCAGUGUCUCUUGUUAAUCCUUUAAUUAACAGGCAAUGAGCCCGGAUACGCCCACUUUAGUAUUUCAUGGUGUUAAAGCAAGACGAUUUUACUUGUCAAUGGGAGAGCACUUGCUAGUUAAUGGGUUAAGAAAAUCAUGUGGAGGAGAGAUGAAACAUCUUUAGAAUUAAACCUAUACAUUAUUGCAGUACCUUCCUUUCGAUUCUCAAUAUGUCAUCAAUAUAUUCCCAAACCAUGUCCAUCACUGGUCUAUUUGCUUCCAAUGUUUCGUCUUCGAACGUAAUGUCGGGCAAAUAAUGAAGUGAGUCAGACAUCUGUGUCUUCGGUAGAUAUAGCGAUGUUCAUUUGCAGCGGUCGCAUGUAGAGCAAAGCUUGUCCUAGACCGGACGAAUCUCGCGAGCACUUUGCAGAAUAACCACUGGAUGAUGGGCGAAUGACAACUAGACCAUUUCCUGACGCGCCUCAACAGUUGGAACCCCCCAUUAAGUUUCGGAAAUACCUCUUCCAAUUUUGUGUAAACGACACUGCGUUGGCAUUAGCGUCAAACUCAAUUUUGCUUCUAUUGAAGUGUCUCUUUCCUUGCUCGCGUUGGUGUCGAACUUUCGUCAACAUUAGCAAGACAAAAGACUUCCUGCGUCCAAGUUUCCUUUGGCCUCGUGUUUGUUUCCCUGUCUUCUAUACACACUUUCUUGGGAGGUGGUUUGUGUGUAGAUCGAGUCGUACAGUACGUGCACGAGAAGUGCUCGCGUAGGGCGCAAAAAGAGUGCAGAGCAGAGCUUCGCUUGUAGAACUGUUUGAUGUCGUCGAUGACGUUGACGUGCUGCUUGGCCCCGUGUUUGGCGUUACAGAUGUCGAUGUUGCGUUCAAACUGCUGCUUGGAGUUGUGGGCGUAGUAUCACUUGGCGAGUUAUUAUUAUUAUUAUUAUAAAAUACAGUAUUCCUUGUCUGGGCUUCUCAAUACUUGUUUACAUUUAAAAUAUUAAAAAUUCUUUAUAAAGUUCUAUAUAAAACAUUUAAACUUUGCAACAAUGUUAAUUGUUUCCUGACAUUUUCUUCUUCAACUCAGUUUUGAAUGUUUUUAAGGGUAAUUUUUUCAAGUCGUCUAUGCUAUUUCAAAUCUUUACAGCUCUGUAAUGGAAACUCUUUUGUCCUGCCGUUGUUUUGUAUGGUGGAAUAUUUAGAUCUUAAUAUUUAGAUCUUACUUAUUCCUCGUGUUUAAAUCGUGAAUCUCGCUGCAUUUAAGGAAUAGGUCACUUAGAUGAGAUGGCGCUAGUUCAUGCAUAAGUCAUCAGUGAAUCUCUAUAUUGAAGGUGAACGUUCUCUAACUGGAAGCCAAUUAAUCACCUAGAGUGCAGGUGUGAUAUGAUCAUAUUUUCUUGUGUUAGUUAUAAUCCUACAGCCUACAGGCGAAAUUUUGAACUGCUUGACGUUUCUUGAUGUUUGUGGUAGAUGUAUUUGCCCAGACCGUGGAGCAAUAGAGUUUACUCAUUAUUACCACUGGCACUGAUGAUUGUGCGGAGGGUGUCACUGUCAAAGCUAUAUUUUACUCGGCUUAUUUGGCACAGUCUCGACAUAGCUGAUGAUAUAACAUUCCUGAUGUGUUUAUCACAAGUCAAAUGAUUAUCUAGAGUUAACCCGAGGUCUUUUGCGCUCAGAACUGGUGCGAUCUCUUCUCCAAGAAAUGAAAUAGUCAUUUCCUCCAGAAGAGUACCAAGUAAUUGACGAGUGCCUAUUAACGUUUUCUGAAUUUCCCGAAUCGUUGUUCGCCAUGUCGGCUCGUGUGAAAAUGGAAAAUAUGGCGCGGAACAUUUGCAUGUGGCGCACUCGGUUCCAGUGUUGCGCGGUUAGCAACCAAAAUUCGGUUACGUCAUAAGGUUACGUCAGCAUAAUGAAAUACGAAAUCGAAUAUCGAAAUACGUAUAGUGUCAGAACGAAGUGCCGGAUUCAAUAGAUGAUUCCAGCUAUAGACUAAAUUUUGAUCCAGACAAUAAGGACGAACUCUAUUAUUAUAGCUUAAAAUAACAUCCUUAAAUUAGUAAUAUUGCCAAAUUUGGUUGCCAAAUGUUGUAAAAUACGGAAAAUAUAGCCCUGUGAAAUUAGCAAAUUUUGAGUAUUUUAGUAUUACGCGCGGAAAUAUGCACCACAUUUGAGCCGAUUUGAGCCCGCACAUUUGAGCCCGCGGAAGUGAAAGGCAGGAACUAGACUGGGGGUCAUCCACGAUUAUCAACCUUUUUACAAGACUUUCUGCCCAUGUGUCUAGUUAACCCAUUUCGUUACUUUGCGCCCUAAUGCUUUAUUAUUUUACUCUGCCUAAAGCCAGAUGAUUUUAUUCAUCAAUGCGAAAGCGCUGGCACUCGAUGGGUUAACUAUCUUGUUGAGUGCCAUUUGGUACUAUUUUUGUAUGGAUCAGUAAAAGUACAAUCUGUCACCUUAUAGUUUUAUCUAUUUCUAUUUUUCAGCUUGUGAUGUCACGAUCUCUAACCCUGAAAAAUCUGUACGUCUUGGAAAUGCUCAGAGCUAUAAAAUAAGAUGUUUAAUAACUGCACCAGACGUUUUUGAUCGAUUCAGCAAUCCACAGUAUACAUCUUCAAUACAAAGUGAUCCUAGCCUUACGUAUGCGACCACGGGUAAUGAACAUGAUCUGGAUAUAAAGUCUAUGAAUGUAUUUAUUGCUGGAGUAUGGACGUGUUAUUCUAAGCAAGGGAACAGUGAUAAUAUUACAUUAAAAUUUUCACGUAAGUACAGUAUAUAUAUAUUACUUCAGUUGCCAUUGUUCCUAUUUAAGACCGAACAAUCACAGGUAAAAACAUUGUCUACGGUCAUGUGUACUUUCAUGUUUAUCAACAGCAUUGGAGAGGUUUUAGGCAUGACAAACAAAAUCGACUUGCAAAACACUUUUCGAAUUUUUAUAAUAAGUAAAUUAUACUGCAUGUAUGGCAUUCCAGUAUAUACACAGUAGGAUCACUAGGAUGAUAAAAAUAUCCUGAAAGGUAUUAGAAAAUUUCAGUGGUGCUGCUGCCGCUGCCGGACAUUUUCCAGCACUGAUUGAAAGAGUUGACAAUAUAUAUUAUAGAGGUGUGCAUCGGAUCGGAUUGGACGUUUAUAAUCCGACAAUUGCUAUGUUUAAAAUCCGAUCCAAAAUUGUCUAAUCCGAUCCGAUCCGAGUUCUGAUAAAGAAUUCCGAUCCGAUCCGAUUUAAUAAAAUAAAUUUCUCAUUCAAGUGGAAAUAUUUAACCAAAUAAAUACAAAAGCAAGAAAUACAUGUCAAGAAGCUGACAAAGUGACUCCCAAUUGAAGUAUCAAACGAAUAAUUCAGCGACAACCGCGUUGUCGUGGAUAAUUAAUUCAUUUAUUAUUGCUUCUUAAAUCAUAUCUUUCAGAAUUCGAUAGUUUAAACUUUUCAGCUAUAUUUCCGGACAAUUUCCGGUAAUAGCUUUUGAAACAUACGCACUUGCUUUUUCUUUUCUUUUUCCGGAUAGGUUUUUCCAAUUCAACUUUUUUUAAAUAUCUUUUGAGCAAAUAUCAUAAGUAUCACCUGUAAUGACCUGGUGAUAUUUUUUUCCUUCAGGGAUUCGCCGCAGUUGCCCCAAACCAGGGAGCAAUACUCAAAAUAAGGUUGAACCAUAGAAUUAUAAAGAAAUUGAAGCGUUUCUCUUUUAGUAACAAACUGUUUAGCUCGUCGUAACAUGCCGAUGCCUUGAGAUACUUUCUUACUUAUGUUAUCUAUGUGUUCAUCCCAGCGUAAUUGAUCAUCUAUUAUUAUGCCUAUACCCUGGAUUCCAGAGCUUUCGACAGUAAAUAAUAAAUUGAAACCUCGCGAAGGCUCUGGUUCAACGGGAAGAUUCUUUGAUUAAAUCACGCCAAUCACAAAACAGAAUUAGUGGUUUUAGUACAGAUUCUGUACUAAAACCACUAAUUAUGUUUUGUGAUUGGCGCGGUUUAAUCAAAGAAUCGUCCCGUUGAACCAGAGCCUUCGCGACGUUUCAAUUUAUUAUUUACUGUCGAAGGCUCUGGAAUCCAGGGUAUCAUGCCUAAGACUUUUUUAGAAACGACUUGUGUCAAGUUUUUCCCACCGAUGUUAAUAUUCAUUUCACUUGAGAAUUUUUUAAAUUUCUGCCGUGUUCCGAUAAUCAUAUACUCCGUUUUAUCAACAUUCAAAGUUAAUUUAAUGUAUUUUUACAUCCUCGUUCUCAGGGUCUGUCCUUUGGACCCUGGGAAGGAGGUUGUGGUAUUUUAUUGGUUGCAAACUUACUGUUGUAAUAUUUUGCAAUUCAUGUGACUUUUUUAGCUUCUGUUAUUACGCCAGCUAAAAAAGAACAAACAUUGAUUAAAGACCAGCCCGGGGCUAUCUACAUUGAUAUACGUGGCUAUCCACAACCUGAUUUUGUUUGGAAAAAGAACGAUACAGUACUGAACAUCACUGAUCGGUAUAGUGUCGCUUCCAAUGGAACUUUACUCAUAUCUAAAGUUCAAACUGGAGAUAAUGGCACUUAUGCUGCAACAGCAACUAAGGAUUUUUACACUGCAGAAUCUGGGAAUAUAGUUGUGAAGUUACUUGGUGAGUGGUACUCUGUUGAUAUCGUGUUCUUUAGAAAUAUAUACUGACAAAUUGAACAAUAAUUAUUACAGUGGGCAUGAUUUAUUUAUUUAGUUAGUUAUUUAUUUAUUCAUUCAACUUUGCCAAGCAAAAUUACACGAAUGACAUGCAUAUACAAUACAAACAGUUAAAACCAACCACUGUGGGCCCUUUUAACAAAUAGGGUACAUACAGGUAUUUUGAAACAACAUGCAGUUGAUUACAUUAUUCCAACUUCGACAAGAGUUACAAUUUAAACAUAUAUACUGUAGAUCUCCAUGUUCUUAGAUCCUCUGCGUCAAAACAACCGUGCAGGGCUUUCGAAUAAUACUAUCGUAAUUAAAUGUACUUAAACGUAUAUUAGGGUGUCUUAAAGUCUGUUGGAAGAUAAUUCCAAAAUCUUGUGACGCGAGUAAUAUACGAUUGCUGGAAAGUACUAGUCCUGCAUUUGGGGGGGAGGGGAGGGGGGGGGGAAGGAUAACUCACUGACACUGGAAAAUCUAGUUGCUCUCGUGGGAAUUAUCCGUUUAGGGAGAACAUCGUCAGAUAUGACAACCAGACCAUAUUUAUAGCUUUAAAGACGAACACGAGAUCCAUAUACUCAUGCCAGUAAGAUAACGGCAUCAAUUCUAAAGUGAUCAGCCUCUCGCGGGAGGACUCACUACACAUGUAGGGAAGAUUGAGUAUAAACUUGAUUUGUGUUGCAAAGCUACAGUAGAACUCAUGUGCACGAGAUUGACGAUGUGAUGAUAUUACACAGAAAGUGUAUUUUAAGAUAGUUACCAAGGUUCCAAAUCAUGAAGCCAAAUACUGAAGAUUAAAAAGAUUGGCUGGCUAUUACGUAACUGCACUAUUCAAAUGUGUUGCUUAAAAUUUUUUAUUCAGCUAGGAUGCAUCUGACAAUGCAAUCUUGUUGAACAGUUUACUAAACUAGCUAUUUCACAGGAUUAAAAUGGAUGAUGCUAUGUAAACAAAUGAGUGCAUUUGUUGUGAACAGGACUUUACAGUUACUGACUCUUAUUGUAUGAACAACAUGACCCUUAUUGCAUGAACAUAUUUAAAUGGAACACAUAUGCCAGAAAUAAACAUGGAUGUCGAUGUUACAAAAAAUGUAAUGCUUUAGCUUAUAUAUGUUAUGUGGAGGAGGGGGGGGGGGGGGGGGGGGGGGGGGGGAGGUGUUAAAUUUAGUCGUCGUCAAAUUCCCGCCCAUUUGCUACUGAACUUGAUUCCUUAAAUUUCAUGCAAAUGUCCUUAGUUUGUGGCCUACCAUUAAUGCUCUCACGUAAAUGUAAAAUUAUCCUAUAAGCUUUAUCACACAGUUAUUCAGCCACCGUGCAUGUAAAGGCUUGCAGAAGUUUUUGGGGGGUUAGAGGUGGCAGUUUCCCCUCCUGCUAAUUACAGUAUUUGAAAAGACAUUUUGGGAGUGAUAUACAGUAUGGUGAGGAGGGAGGCAUAGGUGUAUAGGAAACACAUGCAUCAAUUUGUCCCAUAAGGGUUAAUUCUAAAAAGAUCAGAUGUCUAGCAAAACAUUUGAGAAACGAACUUUUUGUAGUGUUUGUUAGGUUUAGGAUUUUUAUGAGGAGUUUUAUAACUUAUGUAAAAACAUGCUGUACUACAGUCAGAUUGAAUUGUCUUCGCAAACAUCCGCCUCUGUUGAAUGAAUCAAGUUUUUGAUCUGCUUAACCACCUAGCUUCAUUGCUUUGUAAUUUUGCACAAAUAUAGUAUGUGGAAUUACUGCCAUUUUGUUUGAACAUUACUGAGUUUCAAACAGUCUUUUCCGAAUCUUUUCCGUUUUUUCCCCUAGAACAACAUCGGUUGACAAAAACAGUUUAUUGAUUAAUUUAAUCGCCUCGCCCUAGUGUUAGUUAAUGUUAGCAUUCUCACUUCAUUUCAUUAUUCAUCAUGUAAUUGUGUAGUUGCUCCAAGUAUAAAUGGAACCUCCAUCCGAGAAAGCCGAACCAGUGGCGGCAAUAUUAGUUUUGAAUGCUCUGCAAGUGGUGUGCCUACACCGAAUAUCACUUGGACAAAAGGCUCAGAUGUUAUAACUAAUGGUGGAAGAUUUACCAUAUCUGCUUCUGGUCUGCUCAUCAUGGACAUCGAGCCCAAUGAUGCUGGUGAUUAUACAUUUGUUGCUGCAAAUUCUGUUGGUACCAAGGAGCUGACUUUUAGCCUAUUGUCUGUUCACGGUAUGUUGACCAAUAUGUAAUAGAGAGUUUAAGCAUGAGGAAUAUGGGAAAGUAUUAUGAAAGUUUUGCAUAUCCAGGUAAAUGUUCAGUGUUGUGUCAAGGGGGUAAUAUACAGUCCUGACUGCUCUCAUGGAAUCACAGAAUAAUUGCAACUGAGAUUUGAAUCUAAAGCUCCAAUUCACACUUUUUGGGUGCAAUGCACAAUGUACUGCACAUUGGUUAAUUGCACAUGAACUAAUAUUUAUAUGCGCAUGACUGCUCAGUUAUUAUGAGCAGUAGAUUGUGUUUUUUUUUGUUUUUUUUUUAACUUUCUGUGUUUUAUAUAAAUUUCCAUGGCAGGUUUUUUUUAAAUUUAUUUAUUUAAGAAAAAUUGCUCUGGGACUGGGAAUUUGCCUGUUCAGUUUUUCUUUAUAGUGGUAGAUUUGAACAUAUUUUUUUCCCAAGGGAUGUACAAUUUGGGCAAUCAAAUUUUCAGAAGUAGAAAUUCUCUGGGUAUGCCUGAAGUGAUGAGGAUAUUUUGAUUUGAUUCGUGCAUGAAAAAGGAGAAGCCGCCAUAUAUUAUUGCUUGACCACAUAACGAGAAUCUACUGGCAGAAUUUCUGUUUAAUAGGAAACUGUCUAAAAGUAAAAGCACAUAAAACAUACUUAGAUCGUCUUGAAUUCAUUGCUGUAAAUGCACUUUGCGUACUGUGUACCUAUUGUCUUCUCCCAUUAUAGGCUGUCACGCUUUCCAGCCUUCCACAUUAGACAUAUUUCACUGAUUUACCUGAAUCAGUAGCUCAAGUUUAACACCUGAGUAGGCAACUUGUAAUAUUUAUUGUGAUUUAUAGUAAUGAUAAUAACGUAUACCAUUCUAUAUUCAGUCCCACCUGUAAUAGCUCCACUUUCCCCAAAUGAAGAAGUUGAAAAAGGAAAGUCAUUAAGUGUGAACUGUAAUGCAACUGGAAGUCCAACACCAACUGUUGAAUGGUCUAAGAAUGGCAUUGUUUUACCCACAAGCCAGCAGGUACAUUGGUUAAAUAGGAAACAUGAGAAAAUAUAAUUUAGGGAUUUAUACAAGUAUUUUAGUCUACUACCGUUUUUUUCAGAGGAAGAUUGAGUUUUAGUAGGAGACUACUCCCCAAUUUCCACCAACCCCCCUGACUUUUUCUUUAUGAAAUAAUAUUUCUCACAUCAGACAGCACUUUGAGCAAAAAUAUAACCGUUUUCAAAGGAAUAUACUGUACAAGCACUUUUUUCCUUUUACAAUUUAUUACUUACCACAAUUUCGUCAAAGUAUAUUGUGAAAAAAUAAAUCAAAGAGAAAGAUAAAGUGUGAAAACUCAAUUAAAAAUUGAUUUUUUUACACUGGUAGUAGAAAGGUUUUUUUAUUUAUUAACUUUACAAUCAUACAAAAUUAUAACAAUGUUUGAAGGUAUGGUCAACAGGACAUUCAUGAGUCCCAUGUGAAGACCAACUUGAAUAUGUGCUUGUAUAAAACGUUACAUACUGUAUGUGCUCACAGAAUCCAGGGGUCGGUUGUUCAAAGGAGGAAAACAUAGGAAAUAUUGGGGGGAAAUCAGGUUUCAGCGAUACGUUUACACACUGCGAUUUGGCUUGUAUAAAAACAAUUCCUCUUCAUUUAGUUUGUGACUAAGUUUGAAAUGCAACCACGCGUGCUUAUUCGAUAACAUAGUACACGACAAAUCGCAGCGUCUAAACGUAGCUUUAGGCAUAUAUAUUCUUUUUCAGUCCCUUAACAAUUGUAGGAUUUUGGAAGUGCGUCUAAAUUUCCAGGGCGUGUACUGCACCUGCCAAUCACCCAGAAUAGCCAAAAUAGACUACUGUAUGUACACUGGGCCAAUACGCGUAUAUCAUAUACCUCACUGAUAUUACAAUUUAUUUUUAUUUAGACAAAAUCUCCUGGUAAAAGUGUAUUGACUUUAACAAAUAUCCAGACAGAUCAGGGUGGUGUUUAUGAAUGCUCAGCAAUGAAUGCUGCUGUGGAUUCGAUGGGAAAUGUAAUCAAACCGAGUCAGUCGGUACAAGUCAAUGUUGUUUGUGAGUACUGUACAUAUAUUUGCCUCCCGUUAUUUUCAGUUAUGGGAGUAAGUUUCGUGAAUUAGCAACGUUAUUUGCAUGAAAAAAUUGGUUGAGAGGAGUACAACUUAUUAUGCUGAAUUAAUUAAUUGUAUAUGUAGUCCUCCACUGAGACUCCAGUGCAGCUGAGUUGGGCUUAGGGAUCAGUUUGAGUAAAAGUACGCAAAAUGGCGACUCAUCAGGAGUGCAAAUUUUCUCUUUUUUAACAAUCUCAGGAGGUUUACUAAACGUUUCAUUUUGAAUAUUUGAAAGUGGGUUAAUGUUUUGACGUAAAAGAACGGAACGGCGCCCAUUCUCCUCCACAGAGACACGUAUAAUUUAAAAAAAAAACACAUGAAAGCUAGCUAUACUCGGAAAAUGUAAGGCAUUCAGGUAAUGGACCUAUUCCCUAAUGAACAAAAUUUUGAUCCAGACAAAAAUUUUAACACAGCUUGAAAGAGCAUCACAAAAUUAGUAAUAUUCCCAAGUUUCGUUGCGAAAUGUUGUAAAAUGUGGAUAAUAUAGCCUUGCGAAGUUUGCCGUUUUUCAGUCAUUUUGUAUUACGCACGGGAAAUUGAUACCGCUUUCUGAAAAAAGGUAUCAAUAUUUCCCGUGCGUAAUACAAAAUGACUGAAAAACGGCAAACUUUGCAGGGCUAUAUUAUCCGCAUUUUACAACAUUUCGCAACGAAACUUGGGAAUAUUGCUAAUUUUGUGAUGCUCUUUCCAGCUGUGAUAAAAUUUUUGUCUAGACUUGUCUAGAUCAAAAUUUUGUUCAUUAGGGAAUAGGUCCAUUGGUGAACGCGCGCGGGAAGAAUUAAACCAAGGCUCUGCCAAAUAAUGCAUCCAUGCAAAUAUGAAAUACCACGUAGCUUCUCAAAAUUGAUGAUGGGGUUAGAGUUAUAAAGUCCAGUGGCGAAUUUGCUUUAGAAAACACCAGAAAUGCCCCCCCCCCCGAUGCGUCGCUACGUCCCUGCCUGGCACACUGCGGUUAAAAAGCGAAACACCGGACAAAAUACGUAAGAUCACGCGGUAAAACCCCACACGCGAUGAUGGCAACAUCCACGUAGUUUUUAUGUUUAGAAAUUUAAAAGCAAUCGUAUCUGACUGUUGUCCUCUGGAAACAUUACACUCCCGUAGCAUAGGAGCCUUGAUUCGGCCUUGCCUUUCGUCUUAAUGUUUAAGUUAAAUCAGUCCUGUUAGACAAGAUUUUCUUGCCAUUUCUUAGAUCCGCCUCAGUUUCAGAAUGUUGUGGAGACAUUCCACGUACGCUUGAAUUCACCUGCUAGAAUUUUAUGCAAUGCGAUUGGCAUUCCAGUACCAGAGAUGAAAUUGUCUUAUGGAAGUAAAGACUUGCAAGUAGUUGUAACUGCAAAUUCCACUUCAUCUUCUCUGACAUAUCGCAUCAACAAAACGAGUACAGACGAUCUUGGGGUAUACACAUGUGCUGCUUCAAGUAGACUGAACACCAUAGAAAAAAAGAUCACAUUAAGUGGUGAGUAUUUUUUAUACUUAUCAGCUUUACAAUAUUUACAUUGAUUGGUCGUGCUCAUCACAUUAACCUUUGCUGGCCAGUCCCAACGUUCCAUGCUACCAAAUAUUUCUUGGUCCUAUCGAUAUUGUUUUCGAAUUUUAUGAAUGUCUGGUCCCGUUGCAGCGAUGCCGAAAAAAUGUUGUGUGUAUGAAAACUGUGCUUUUUAUCUGGUCGGUAAACAUGUCGGUAGAGAACAAAUCGCCAAAUAGUCGAUUGUCGACCGUUAGAUGAUUUUUGCAGUUCUAUGCCCUGAUAUGUUUUAUCUUGAUUGUUUUACCAAAGUAUUUACUCUAUUUUACUAGUCCGCCCUUUUUACUGAAUCCGCUUUUUUCUUGAUUGAUUUUCUAUAAAUUAGUAGAUAAUUUUCGGUAAUCGAUUACCUUAAUUUGAAUUUACCCCUCGAGCAAGCCAAUUAGUUAAUUGUUCGAUUUAGAUUACAAAUUGUUUCUGUGGUUUUGGGCAUAGUGAUUGUUUGUGGUAAUUACUUUAGAACUUAUGUUGUUGUGCUUAAUACCAUCAAUCUUUAUAUAUGAUUGUUAAGCAUUUGAAAAAAAAAAGAAUAACGCGGGGUGCAAUAAUUCGCGUACUUAGAAUACGUACUUCUUGGUGUUCGCCUAAGUACCACGUACACUACACUACAGUAUGUAGUACUCUCUGACUAUCUGCGUAUUUACACUUUGCAUAUUGUAUCAGAUUCAGUAGCAAAGUUUUCAAGCCCAAGGUAUUCAAAUCUGUAAUUAAGGAGCUUAUAAAUAUGGAUCCUUAAAUCAACUACUAAGUUGGUGUACGACUCAGGCAGAUCCUGUCCCACUAGCUUUUUGACUGUGACCAAAUUGCUACUUUAUUUACUCCAGGUUUAGAUGAUAGCUAGCUCCACUCCCUCCACAUGGUUAUAGAGUUGAUCUGUAGCUCCAGAAUUCAUAAUUCAGAGUUCUUAAAGUUCAUAUAUGUUGACAUUUGAAUUUGCAGCUACUGUAGCCCCUUUAAUAGACUUAAUAUUCGUCUCUCCCAAACUUCUGCAACUAUAUGUUUCACGGUUGUUUUUCCAAAUUUUUAUUUAGGCAAAGGAAUGAAAAUCCAACACCACAGCUGCAUGCAAAGUGCAUCCAAGCUGGUGAAAUUGCAAAGUUUGGUGGUAAAACAUACUGUACAUACAGUAUGGCCUUGCAAAGUUUGCACAUUUUAUAUACUUUUAUAUUGCAGAAGCUAUUGUUGGAGGGGCAAAUAUUCACUUCCACAAUCCUACAAUAUAAAAACAUAUAAAAGCCUGAUUUUUUCUGUGUUGGUGUUGUGUAUGAUGUUUGUGAUGUAUGUACUGAUGUUUGUGAUGUUACUCUGAAUGUAUAUCCACACCGGGCAAGCUUGAAAAAUAAAAUUCCCACCGUGGCCAGGCAUAUUUUUCAAGCAUGCCCGCGGUGUGGAUAUACACUCAGAGUAACAUCACAAACAUCAUGUAAAAGCCUGGUUCACACUAGCAAUUCUAUCGGCGAUUUUUCUCCUGGCAAUUGUGACCGAAUGAAUGACAUGCAAAAGACUUAGAAUUGUUCACUUCUGAAAAGCGAUUCUAUACUCAGGGUUCGUACAAAACUUGAAAGUCCUUGAAUGUCCUUGAAUUUGAAAACAAAAAUUCAAGGCCAUGAAUGCCCUUGAAUUUGUAAAGAAGUACUUGAAUGUCUUGCUUUAGUUUUUGAAUAUUUUCUCAAAUUGUUUGACAUUCAAGACGGACAUUUUGUUGAACUGAUUUUGCAUGUUCAUAUCUGACCUCGUUAUAAAGUUACGUUUUGAACAAUUCAACGACGUGAGAUUUUGCUGAUUUCUAACACCUUCUUCAGUAUUUAGUCCUUGAAUUUGCUGAUAUACACGGCCUUGAAUGUCCUUGAAAAGUCGUACGUUGAAUUUAACUCUUCCUGACCUGUACGAAUCCUGUAUACUUUUGUGUGCGAGUUCAGUCAUUUCCAUCCGUCAGAAACACUAAAUCGCUAAAAAAGUUGCUAGUAUGAACCAGGCUAAAAUGUGCAAACUGUGUAAGGCUAUCGUAUCCUUUCUUAAGGCCCGUUUACACUUGCAAUUUUUGCUGCGAUUUCUAGUGCGAUUUUCUUCUUCUGAUGGAUGAGAACGAGUAGAUGAGUUAUGAAUGUUCUGAGUACCUGUUCCUUCAUCUGAGCAUUUAUAACUUAUCCACUCCUUCACAUCCAUCAGAAGUAGGCCGUGGGCCGUUGUGCGAAAAAGUGCUUGGAAAAGCAAUUUCGUGGCAACCUCCUGGGGAAUAGAUUUUCUGUGGUUUAAUGCACAGUUCCAUAGAUGCUCAAUUACCACAAAAAGUUCCCAAGCAAAAACUUGCCAAACACCGAGAAAAUGGGUGAUCAGUGAUUAUCCUCUAUUAAAUUGUAUUGCAGCAAAAAAAUGUGAAAUUUUGUAUUCAGUUACAACAAAAAUGAUUAGCAUCAUCGGAAAGCUUACGAAAAACUGGAUAUAAGACAUUUAAACAGGCUUUUUUUAUAUUUCAAAUUGUUUUCGAGUUAUACGCUGUCAAAAACGCGUUUUUGACCUAGUACCCAGUCCUUAUUGCGACAUUUUGGGCCAAUUUUCACAUUUAAAACAGCAAUAACUCAAAGACUAUUUGAAGGAUCAAAAAACUGUUUGAAUGUCUUGUAUGCGGUUUUUUGUAUGCUUUCUGAUGAUGCAAGUCAUUUUUGUUGUAAUUGAAUACAAAAUUUCACAUUUUCUUGCUAUAAUACAAUUUAAUAGAGGAUAAUCACUGAUCACCCAUUUUCUCGGUGUUUGGCAAGUUUUUUGCUUGGGAAGUUUUUGUGGUAAUUGAGCAUUUAUGGUACUGUGCAUUAAACCACAGAAAAUCUAUUCCCUAGGGGGUUGCCACGAAGUGAAAUAAUUUUGGCUCACGGCCUAAAGAGGGGAUCGCACUAGAAAUCGCAGCGAAAAUUGCAAGUGUAAACGGGGCCUUUAUAAUAUUUUACAACCAAACUUAACAAUUUUACAAAUUUUGAUGCACUUUUUUCAGCUGUCGUGUUAGCCUAUUCUAAAAAUUUGAAAACUGUGAAAAUAUGUCUAUUGUAAUAUUUUUGUAUGUGUGUGUUUUGAUGUUUCUUCUUCUUCGUACUUGUAGUUUCGGGUUACUGAGUGAUUGUUUUUAGAAAGCUGUGCUUUGUGUACUGUAUUUUAAACGAUUCCCUCCUUGCCAAAGAAAUGUGAAGGGAAAGUUUUCUUGUUCUAAAACAUACAUUUUAAACGACAUUCUUCGCGAAAUAUUUGGACAUGACAAAAUCUAAAAAACUACUCUCCAAAAAUGGCUGCACGGAAAUGGCAUUUUAGAUUGUCUAAACUUCAAAAUCUUCAUUGUUGAAGGUGACGUACCUUCGGUACCACAUAGCCGGUACCAUAUUGGGAAACCUGCUCCUAUUGCUAGUAGUAUACUUAUCUUUUCCCGUAGAACCUAUUUAAUCGUUGUAUAUUAAAUUGAUUACAGUUCCACUGGAUAAACCAGAAAUCUACAACGUGAAAUCGACAUGCAAUAGUGUGAGUUUCUCGUGGAGUCAUGAUACCCAGAAUUAUAUCAAGGUCAGUUCAUACCAAGUGACGGUUACACGAUCUGCAGAUCAAGUCCAGGUGAAAACAGAGUUAGCUUCGAGCAAUACAUCUCAAGCGUUAUAUACUGGUCUGGAGGAAAAUACUGAAUAUGAACUGGCGGUUAAACAGAAGACUGAUGUUGACAAUAUUGGAUAUGAAUCUUCUAAGAAGACAACCACUCCCAGCUGUAUGUUCUGA